AAUAAUAAAAAAUAAAAAAAUUUUAAUUAUGUCUCUCCCUGGAAAAAAUCCCGCGGACGCCCAUGUUUACUACAACUUUUUUGCUUAAUUUGUAAAAUUAUAUAACAAACAACUACAUAAACAUAAGUAAUUUAUUUCAAGGCGAUUCCAUCUAGGAAACUUUUCUACGUCGCUUCUGUAUAUAAAGAUAGAGCAUUCGUGUGUAAAUUAUGAUCUGUGAGCUGUGACCGAUUAUCGUGAUAAUAGUCAUUUUACAACACAAUAGAAGAUUUCUAGACAUCUCUCUUUCGUGUAUGUGUUUCUCACGAUGGAAAGCAAUAUAUUACUUUAAUUUUCGCCUGAAAUGAUAACUGAUAUACCGCUGCAAGGAGUACCACUGUAGAAGAUACAAAGUUGUCAGUAUAUUUGAAGAUGUUAUACCUAACUAUCUUACUUCUUCUUCUUACGUUUAUUUGUCUCUAUUGUCUUUAUGAUUGUGUCAAGCCAAAAAAUUAUCCACCUGGUCCGGCAUGGCUACCAUUCUUAGGAUGUCUCAUAAAAUUUAUGCGAUUACGUUCGAAAUGUGGAUACAUCUACCUGGUUGUGCAAGAACUGGCACGCAUAUACGGACCGAUAUUGGGAUUAAAACUUGGAAAUCAAAAGGUGGUGGUAAUCUCGACGCACGAUCUGGUGAAGAAAGUUAUUCUCCGCGAAGAGUUUAACGGCCGACCAGACGGAUUCUUCUUCAGGGUACGAUCGUUUGGGAAGAGAAAAGGCAUUUUGUUCACCGAGGAUAACACAUGGACCCAGUGUCGUCGAUUUACGACGCGACACCUGCGAAUGUUUGGCUUGGGUCAAACGCUUAUGAAAGACCAAUUGGUCAUCGAGGCUCGGGAGCUUGUUGAUCAUCUGCAAAAGCUGAGCGAGCAUGGCCCAGUGCUGAUGCACACUAUAUUUGACAUUGCGGUGCUUAAUGCCUUAUGGUUCAUGAUUGCCGGACACAGAUUCGACUACGAGGAUCAAAAAGUGCAAGAAGUGCUCGUGGUCGUUCACGACGUCUUCAGAUUAAUGGACCCCCUGGGCGGAGUGAUGUCGCAGAUGCCUUUUUUACGUUUUGUUAUCCCAGAACAAUCGGGAUAUAACGAACUGAUGAGGAUCCAUAAAAAAAUAUGGGGUUUCCUCGACGAGGAGAUCAAGAUGCACGAAAACGAGCCAUCCGAUAAUCCACGCGAUUUGAUUGACGCGUUUCUCUUGGAGAUGUCGAACAAGAGUGGCGAUGAAGAUACUAUCUUUGAUCGUGAGAAUUUAAUGAUAUUAUGCCUUGAUCUCUUCUUGGCCGGAUCGAAGACGACCACAGACACCUUAGCGACCACGUUUCUCUUUCUGUCAGUACAUCCUGAAUGGUUGAAGCUACUUCAAAUUGAAUUGGACGGCGUCGUCGGAAGAUCGAGAGCUCCUGUCGAGACCGAUUUGCCGUACUUACCAAUGACAGAAGCUUUCUUAGCCGAGGUGCAAAGAUAUUUGAUUUUGGCACCGCUCGGCGUACCUCAUAGAGCCACAAAAGAUGUUUUUCUAGACGAAUAUUUAAUACCUAAGGAUACGAUUAUGCUUUUUGACUUUCAUAGCGUUCAUAACGAUAACACGUACUGGGAAGAACCGGACGUGUUUCGUCCUCAACGUUUUCUAGAUGAACAGGGCCAAUUUCGUCGCAACAACAACAGCUUACCUUUUGGCUUAGGCAAGAGACGCUGCCCGGGUGAAUUGCUGGCGCGUUCUUCAUUGUUCAUGCUCUUCACCAACGUUGUGCAUUACUUCAACAUGGAGAUCGCGGCUGAGUACGGCGAACCAGAUUUAAACGCCUACGACGGCUUCACCCUGUCGCCGAAGCCGUAUUAUCUCAAACUCACGAGGAGAUCCGACUGAAGUCUGGACGACCGCUGCGAAUCUUACGACGAUAGAUUUGGACUUCUGCGAAGCGUUCGGGAUCGCUUUCGUCGAAGUCGUAAAAGUACCAAGACUUUCGCGCGACGGUAAAAUCAAUAAACGUCAUUUUGCAAACA